AUGUCCCAUCUCUUGGCUCGAGUUUCCACCUCCGUGAUAUUUAAUGUGAUCAUUGAAAAUGAAAUUGUUAUUGUGACUGUAUUGUUUUGUGUAAUCUGGAGGUGCGUGGCGGUAGCUUGGAGCCGAUGCCGCUUUAAACUAUUGCGAUUGUCCGGUAGCAGCUUGGAGCUGCUGCAGGGCGGAUCCCGGGUAGAAGUGGAAAUGCAUGACCGAACUCAUGAUACCGGGAAAUUUAUGGCAAUCAAAGCGAACCAGACGCACUACAUAGUGGACUCGCUGAAAACGCCAAUUAGACUGGUCAAAAGUGACGCUUUACGCAUGGAUGAUACACUUGUUACUAGCACCGAUGUAACCGAUGUAUUAUCGCAUUUUUAA